GCAGUGUGUUUUUACUUUCAUAUACACUAUAUUGCAAACGUAUUGGGACACCCCUCCAAAUCAUUGGAUUCAGGUGUUCCAAUCACCUCCGUGGCCACAGGAAUGCUGACUGUUUCUACAAACAUUUGUGAAAGAAUGGGUCGCUCUCAGGAGCUCAGUGAAUUCAAGUGUGGUACAGUGAUAGGUUGCCACCUGUGCAAUAAGUGCAUUUGUGAAAUUUCCUUGCUACUAAAUAUUCCACGGUCAACUGUUAGUGGUAUUAUAACAAGGUGGAAGCAACCGGGAACAACAGCAGGCACAUAAAAUGACAGAGAGGGGUCAGCGCAUGCUGAAAUGCACAGUGCGCAGAAGUCGCCAACUGUCUGCAAAAUCAAUAGCUAAAGACUUUCAAACUUCAUGUGGCCUUCAGAUUAGCACAACAACAGUGCGUACAGAACUUCAUGAAAUGGGUUUCCAUGCUGAGAAGCUGCAUCCAAGCCUAACAUCCCCAAGUGCAAUG